AGCAAGUCCUGAGUGUGUUGCGGCUAGCAUGAUACACCUUCCACUCGCAUGCACGCGACCACCUACCCUUUCCCUUCUCGGCCACCGCCAUCGCAGGACAGCUGAUUUUCGUUAAAUUGCCGGAAACGCGCGUUUCGAUCUGAGCAAAAGUGGGGGUAACCGCCUGCCCCUCUAGUUGCGCCGCCCCCCUUCUUUCCCUUAUCCAGCCAUAUCGCACGGGUCCAUCUAUCCUUCCCAUACCUACCUCUUCAUCGAUCUCACAUCUACGCUUGUAUCGUCACUCACACGCCAUGGGCAGUCAACCUUCCAAGCCGGUGCAAUCCACUUCAACCCCAAUCACGAUGUACGAUGAGAAGAAGGCUGCCACUUUGUCGUUUCAGACCAAGGGAGACGAUACCGUCGGCUGGGCCUCUGUUCCCGUCGAUUCCCUCGCGGAAUGGUCCUCUGAAUUCGAUUCGUCGCCUACACUCCAGCUCUCGCGGUUGAUCUUGACGAACGCCGAUCCCGUGACUAGCCUCACGUCUCGAAAGGCCCUUAUCCACGAUAACAAGGUUUUCAAUCUCCAGCUCAAGGGGCUUGGAGCGAAGAAUGAGUAUCCUGGACCCAGAGUUAACCAGGGAUCGAGCGGUCGAUGCUGGCUCUUUGCGACUUGCAAUGUGCUGCGAUACAAUGUCAUGGAGCAGCUCAAAAUCGAAGACUUUGAACUCGCUCAGGCUUAUCUGUUCUUUUACGAUAAGCUCGAGAAGGCUAAUCACUACCUCGAGAACAUGAUUGAGCUGGCCGAUGAGCCCAACGACAGCCGAACGGUCAGUUUCCUCAACCGUGAACCUCUUGGCGAUGGUGGUCAAUGGGACAUGGCAGUCAACAUCUUGGAAAAAUACGGUUGUGUUCCCAAGACCAUCUACCCCGAGUCUUUCUCCUCCAUGGCUUCCGGCAAACUCAACAACAUGAUCCUCUCCAAGCUUCGAGAAUUUGCCAUUGUUCUUCGUGAACAAGCCAAGACUCAAUCCGUCUCGUCCCUGAGAAAGACCAAGAGCGAAAUGAUGACCCAGAUUUACACCACUUUGUCCAUCACUCUGGGCGCACCACCUCACCCCGAUGAGCCAUUCACUUGGGACUACUAUGACAGCGAGAACAAAUUCCACCACUGGAGAGGAUCUCCCAAGGAGUUCUAUGCUCAAUUCUGUCAGCGCAAGAACAUGGCUCCUAAGGAUAGCUUCAGUUUGAUCAACGACCCUCGAAACAAGUACGAGCACUUGUACACUGUCGAGAGACUCGGCAAUGUCUGGGGAGGUCGACCCGUCCGAUACGUCAAUGCCCCUAUCGAAGCGCUGGAAGACGCCGUCGUUGCUGGAAUUAAAGCCAACACCCCUCUCUUCUUCGGUUGCGAUUCAGGCAAAACCGGUGACAGGGUCUCUGGCGUUUGGGACACCGAGCUCUAUGACACCAAGUUGGCGUAUGGAUGGUCCCUUCAAGCCAACAAGACUCAGCGUCUUGAAACGGGUGACAGUUCGAUGACACACGCCAUGGUGAUCACCGCCGUGCAUCUCGAUGAGUCAGGCCGACCACUCAAGUACAAGAUUGAAAACUCUUGGUCCGAUCAAAAUGGAGAGAAGGGAUGGUUCAUGAUGACCGCUUCGUGGUUCAGAGAAUACGUCUACCAGGUCGUCAUCCCCCGAAGUGUCGCCGAUAAGAGAUGGACUGCAGUGUAUGACGCCGGGAAUCCGACAGUGCUAAAGCCUUGGGACCCCAUGGUAAGUCCAAUUUGAUUUCCAUCACCCGUUUACACGACUGACGAUCCAUGCAGGGUACCUUGGCCUAGACUGUUUUCGGGCGUUUGGACCUAGUUUGUUCGCCAGUCUCUCAGGGGAGAGAUAUAGUGUCAGGUUUUGUUUUGUAUGAAGGGCAGAGACGAGAACAAAAGAUAUGACAAAGAAUGCAAUCUUUUUGGUCAAUGGUCCGAGGUAUA